CUCAGGCUGUGCCUUGCUGGACCCUUCCUGGCCACUUCCUGCUGACUCGUGUCCGGCCGGCGGCGGGAGAGGGCGACCUCCUCCGCACUCCGGACAGCGCCCUCCCCGGCACGUCACAGGAUCCCUGAAACUCAGCAUGCCCCCCUACUUGAGAGCUGCAGAAACUGACACCCCGGAAGGAGUUGACCUGAAAAAAAUGUCUGGAUUUCUAGAAGGCUUGAGAUGCUCAGAAUGCAUUGACUGGGGGGAAAAGCGCAAUACUAUUGCUUCCAUUGCUGCUGGUAUCCUAUUUUUUACAGGCUGGUGGAUUAUCAUAGAUGCAGCUGUCAUUUAUCCCAGCAUGGAAGAGUUCAACCACUCCUACCAUGCCUGUGGUGUUAUAGCAACCAUAGCCUUCCUAAUGAUUAAUGCAGUAUCGAAUGGACAAGUGCGAGGUGAUAGUUACAGUGAAGGUUGCCUGGGUCAAACAGGUGCUCGCAUUUGGCUGUUCAUUGGUUUCAUGUUGGCCUUUGGCUCUCUGAUCGCAUCUAUGUGGAUUCUUUUUGGAGGGUAUGUUGCUAAAGAAAAAGCCAUCGUAUACCCUGGAAUUGCUGUAUUUUUCCAAAAUGCCUUCAUCUUUUUUGGAGGACUCGUUUUUAAGUUUGGCCGCACUGAAGACUUGUGGCAGUGAAAACAUCUGAUUUCUUACUGCAGAGAAGUCCUGCAUGGGUUUGUUUUUUUUUCCACUACUCACUCCCAGUCUUUUGUAAUGCCAUUUUCUAAACUUCUUUCUGAGUGUAGUCUCAACUUAAAUUUGUAUAAUACUAAAAUCAUGAGAACUCCCUAUUUAAACAACAACAACAACAGCAAAAUCUAUUGUGGUAUGCAUUUGCUUAACUUGUAAAAUGUUAAAGAAAAAUAUUUCACAUGAGAAAUUUUUAUUAUGUUUUAUCAUGGUAUAAUUUGUAAAAAUAAAAAUAAAUCACAAAAGAAAUUAUGGAAGCAUCUUAUAUGAGUAUUUGUCAUAUCCAAGGUGCAAAACUGCAGUUAAAGUGCUCUGAAGAUUGAAUGUGUUUAUUUAAAUGUGGCCUCUUCUGUGUCAAAUGUUAAAUGAAAUAUAAACAUAUUGUUGUUUUUAAAAA